AUGGAUCUCGACGUCGACGAUGAGGGCAGUGUAGAUGGUUCGGAAAAUAUGGAAAUCAGGAGCGACAGCCGCUCUUCACCGACCUUUUGUAGAUGUGGCGCAUACGACGAAAUCAUGGAGGCCACUAAGAUACUACGAAACAGAACUAUUGAUGCGGUCAAUAGUGAAUUUGAUCAGUUCGAAAAAGGACUGGCUUACCUGCUGCGUUCUUCGAGAGACGCUCUCUGUCAUGAGGAUGAUGGUGCAAGUACCAGCAGUCAGAUGACGUUUGAAGAAUCGAGGAACAGUCCAGCGUGCAGCUUUCAGAGUCAGUCGCACAGUUCUCAGCUCAGUUCUGAACGUUCUCCUUCCAUUGAUCUCAUUGUUAAUGACAUCGUUGUCAAUGCUUCAUUGUUACUGUUGUCGAAACUCAAGCUCAUUGAGCACCGCUGCUCACAUGCAUCAAGUUUGUCGGCGCAACUGAUGAGCGUUUUUCUGGCCAUCGCUGUCAGUUCCUUCCGACCGGAAGAAUGGCGAAUUGGUUACUGUUUCACUGAAAACCGCUGCCUUCCUGCUGAGUUCAUUGAACGCUACUGUCCGUCAGAUAUUUGGAAGCAUCCCCGUGAAACAGCUUUCAAAGCUGCUUCUGAUAGCAACAAGGCGGAGUCUUCUUUUACGCAGCAAUCGCGCUCUUCGUUUGUAAGUACUGGACUGCUUGGUCGAAUUCUAAAUUUCCUAUGGCCUCGAGAUCGCCUAUCCCUCUGUGUAGAGCAGCUUCUGUCGAAUAAGCGGAUGAAAUUCUCCUCAAUCAAUUCCGUGCACGUGUUUGACAUUCUAGACAGUGACUGGGUGUCUCUUGGGCCUUCCAGUUCCACUCUUGCAAUCCCUUUUAUAGCAGGAGCCUUGGCAUGUUUAGACAGAGUUCAAAGAAUCUUAACGCAGUUAAUGCGAUUAGUAAAAGCAUUAGAAGGACUGUCGGUAUGGAUUGAUUUCACCGCUUCAAAAGGGAGUCAGCUACCUUUUUCACUCUGGAAUGCAGUCAGAGAAUUGCUAACAUUGCUGGAGCAACAAAUAGAGCAGAGUGCGAAAGAGGUCACGGCCACUGCAAAGGCAGUUCCAAUUGCUUCUCCGGAAGAACCAACAAAUGAUGAUACGGUGGCAGGGAACUGGCUUGAGUGUAUUCUUGAACAGGUCCCGGCUAUGCUCGAUCAUCAAUCUGCUGUUCAGUCACAAAUUGUAUCAGAAAUAGUGGAGAUAUCCAAACGGAUCGAGUUCCUACUUCGAUUGCUCGCUAAUGCCCGAGAUAUGUCCAAAUGCAAUAACUGCAUCUCUGAUGUCGUUGAAAAGGUUCAAAACCUGUCAAACAACGAGAUAGUUGGCGAAUUCCAAUCUACAUAUAUCACUCUCUCCCAAGGCGGUUUCAUCGGAGCCGAUCUCCAGACCAAACUUCUUCAUGAAAUCCUCAGCAGAGGCGGCCAACAAAAAACGCUUCUAUUGCGAACGAUCAUAUCUGGUGGUCGUAGUAAUCGGCCUCAGCUGGUCGCUGAAAUCUUCAAACACAGCCUCGAACGUUACGAGCAGGCAGUGGGGUCAAAAAUCUCGGAAAGACUAUGCAGGGAAGAGUGCACAAUACUGGAAGAGUUUUCUCACUCCCUGAAGAAAGCGCACGCCACGGACUUCGCCAGACAGACAUUAGGACUUAUAGAAAGGAUUAUCGCAGAUGAAAAUUCAAGUGUUAUCUUGGUCGAUGGCGUCACAUCGCUCUUGCUGACUCUUGUUCACAGAAACCAAGAAUGUCCAUGGACCCUCGAUCUCAAGAUGUUAGGCCGAAUUGAGAGUGAAUGGUCGAAAAUUAUCAACUCUUUUGCUGAAUUCUCUCUUCGCCACCCAUCUCAGUCGUUCCUAUGUGGCACAUAUUCUCUGCUCAUUUCUGAGCACUUUCUUGGCGCUGCGGAAUCUCUUGAUCUGCCAGUACUUCUUUUUGUUAUUCGCCAUCUUCCUCGCUUGAUCUCUGACCAAGGGCAACGUGAUGUGCAGAACUUCAAUAACCACUAUCCUGGUAUGGAGGCAAUCAUCAAGCAAUUCGUACAUCCAGAUAGUGUAUCCAAAUUAGCUGAUCGUGCUGUGAAACUGUUCGCUGAGACUUUAAAUGACGGAUGCUGGCAGAUUUACGUCCAGAGCUUCGUCCUUACUGUGCUUGUAAUCGAGUCCACUGGUAAUCGACUCGGGGCAGCUUUAUUUGAAAGUUUCACCAAUCUUCUGCAUAGCAUCGACGUACACGAAGUGAAAGAUGCGUGCAUUGGAUUGGAAGCCACGGGAGGCAUUGAUCGUUUGCACUGUAUGCUGUCGAUCUUUCGGAAUACUACGUUCUGCGAUUUGGUGCCAUGUUUUGAGGAGCAGUGUCGUCAAGCACUCAAGGAAGAUGUGCUUACGAAAUUGAUCGCUGACAAUCACCGCACGCCAAGGAAAAGCGACCUUGCAACAUUUCUGAAGGGGGAAGAUGACUGCUUUGGCGAGCCUGGCAAUAAUGUGGAUGAGUACCUUUUACACCAGCAUCUUCGUUACGAAAUAUCCACACUUUUAUUACACGAAGUACAGGAGAAAUGGAAAAACAGGCCCGAAAAGGAUGCGAUAAAUGCAGUGCAAGUCAAAUGGGUGGUACGCGCGUCCAGCAGUGGGCAGUAUCAUCGCGAGAUAGCAGAACGUGCUGAACAGGAGCUGAACAAGCUUGGAGCAGACAACGCAGCGGAAGUACGCUUUUGUUACCUGUCAGAAACACUUCUCGCUGGAGCUACAAGUGCUCAACCAGUUCAGAGUUUUGAGAAGAAACCUCUCCUCGGUAUCUUCUGCUCUUUCUAUGAAGCAGUUUUAUGUAAUGAAAAAGUUCGACCUUCGUGGAUUGAGGAUCACCUUGUUGUGUUGGGUGAUACACUAGAUAAAUGCGCUUCAGGGGAGUCUGUUCCGGAGCAAACGGCUUUGACUCCAGCGUUUAUACAGGUGUUGUCGAAUGUGCUUCAUAAAGAUUCGUCAUCGGAACUGUCGAAGCAGCUACGUUGUCUGCUAGCAGCCACGGAUGGUCGCAACCGUCUGUCGAGUCUUGUGCCCCUGAAACGUCGAGAAGACGUCUUUCAUGAAGUUUUAAUGGUCAUUUGUAAUCAUGCUGAUUCUGAAACUCAUAUCGAGGUCCUUCGCCAGUGUGCUGACAAUCUGGCAUCUUGGAUUGAAGUUUCAACGGAAGAGGAAAACGUGAUGCGUGGUCAGGCCUUGUUAACGAGCGGAAAUCGUCUUGUAUUUCGACUUAUGGUUGUCUCUAAUUUGCUUGAGUAUUGUUCGGAACUUGGUAAAUACAAGGAACCCUAUAACAGCGACACAUACUUCAGCGACUCGGAAACACUGAAGAACAUCGUAACACGUCGUGGAGGUCCGACUGCGCUUCCAACUGUGGAACGUCGAAUGGAUGAGACUCGGUCCAACAGCAUUCCACUCUGUACAUACGCGGCAACUGAAAAAGCAAGCAAGGCUCGUUUUUCUGUGACUGUGGAGCUGACAGUUGACAGUGGUACUGCUACACCGGUUUCCUUUGAAAUAAACCUCGACACUAGUGUGGAUUCUUCCGAGUUGGUGGAGCUCCUGGACCGCAUUCGAGCUGGCAUUGAAAGUCGUGUAGAGGUGAUUGAGCGAAUCGUUCGCGCUUCCUUACAUGCUCGUGAUUCCCGGUGGUCGCUGGAUGAACGUCGCGAAAAUGUGCGGCGAUCGUUGGCUGAUCCUCAGCGACUACAUGUGGUUUACGAUCAGGCGAUAAUCGUAAUAACUUCGUAUAGCAUCGCUAAGAUUCAAAGAAAUAUCGCCAUCUUUCGUAAUUUCAGGAAGACUACGAAGUUUCGGGAAAAACCAAAUUGCAUUCUGGAGCCAAGAAGACCACCAGAGCCACCAACUGAUAGGAAUAAGGCCAGAGAUAUCUGCCAAGUGUUACCUUUCGCGAAUCGAUUCCGAGCCCGUUGGUUUCGCUGGUCGUCUCACAGUUCUUGUCGUGAUGACAAGGUAGCAGUGGCUGGACCUAGCGAUAUUCUAACUCUUCGUAUGAGCAAGGAUGGGGAGAUCAUUGACCGCAUGGUCAUCAAGCUCACCGAACUCACAACGACCCACAGCAACCCAAUAGUAAAGGUAUUAUGGGCACCAAAUCGCCCAGCGCUCUUGGCAGUGGCUACCGUUCAACUUGUACGGAUAUAUGAUCUUGCUCUCGAUGCUGAUAAUUUUGUGUUGAGGAGCAACGUGGAGGACAUAGAACUUAUCCAUAGUUACGAAGCUGACGAAAUGUGGCUGAUGGUGUUGAGCACAUCAGGGCAUUUAUCGGUACAUUAUUCAUCUGUCUCUGAACUUCUGUUUCUUUCACUGGAAAAAGGCACCUGGUUUGCUCCACUAGAAAAAGGAGAUCUCGGAAGAGAAGAUCUGGCUUUGAAACUGGACAAGACUGGAAAUGACGACUCCUGUCCACUGCUGGCAGGAAUCAAGUGGUGUAAUGGCAUGCUUUUCAUAUCCUAUCGCAUCAUCGCUGGUGUUCAUCUACCCUACGCUGGAGCAGAUUCUCAUUCAGGUAGAGUGCAACUGAAACGAUCAGCAUUUACACAUGCUCUUUUCACUGGAUCAUCUGCAGAUACGAUCUACUCGAUGCCGCUUUUCUAUGAUUCCCCGACAAAUUUGGUCUACUCGGCGAGAUGGUCUACCCUACCCGAUCUAUGGAUAGAGAAUAUGCCAAGUGAGAUGUGUGCUCAAGCAGAAAAGGAGAAGGAAGAACCGGAGGCCGAAUUGCAAGAUAGCGACUUAGUAACGUUGUUCGAACGUUGUGAACCCGUUGAUCGAGUUGAGGUGUCCUGCCCUGAUUUGGCCAUUUUCUAUGAUGUUCAUGAUCUCAAUGUACGGCUCAGCUCAGUUGGAUCAAUGCCCGUCACGGCAAUACAGAAAGAGCAAUUUGCUCUAACUAUGCGUGUUGGGGACCCGAAUAUAAUAGUUCGCGCUGUUCGGGUUGAAUUACCGGCUGAACGAGGUCGAGGGCCAUCCGAAGGGUUUCUAUUGGCGAUAAGACGUAUCCUCUAA